AACCAUCUCUCGGCGCCUACACAUUGGGCGUUUAUAAGGAGAUCUUUGGUAGGAGCUUCGCCUUUUCAACUUUCAAGUCAACGUUCACAAUUUGCGAUGACAUGCAACAGUCGAGCUUCAUAUAUAUGCAUAUCUCAAGCACAAGGAUGAUGAUACCUCUUUUAUUCUCUAUCAAAUACUUAUACUGUACACGAGGUAUACAAGUCGUCGAUGUCGCUCGCUGACCUCACUUUCGAGCCUGGUUCAGCAGAAUCUGGGAAGCGCACUUACAACCGUAGAUUUUCCUUUGAGAUCAUGUUCUCAGACUACCUGAUUGGAUGCAGGCCAAAAACGAUAUUAGACAGAAUUCUAUCCAGUCAUGUUGUUGGCUACUGCCCGUCGGCGAAUGACAGACCCGCAGAGCUUCGGGAACAAUGUCGGCCUCACUCAGCGAUCAAAGACCGAAAAUAUAAGUCCUGAUACUCCAUGACCACUGAAGAAACCCUAGGCGAUGCGGACAUGUCACGAAGUUCCACUCCUCAUUUCACUACUUCAUAUGAGGUGGUCGUGUUCUCUGAGAACGAUCCGGACGAUCCAAAGAAUUGGUCCCAAAGGCGGAAGGACUGGAUUCUCGCCAUGAUAUGUAUUCUAGCUUUUGUUGGCGUCUUCGGAUCAUCAAUCUAUGCACCAGGACAAGGACAAAUCCGUCAGUUGUACGGCGUGAGUACCACGACUGCGAACGCUGGGUUGUCACUGUAUGUCGCCGGACUUGGUGUGGGACCGCUGCUGUGCCCCUUGACUGAGAUGUACGGCAAGAGGAAACCAUAUGUUAUUUCAUGGGUGCUGAUGAUAGUCGCCAUCACGCCUUCUGCCUUCGCUGAGAACAUAGUCGUAAUACUAGUCUUCAGAUUCCUGACUGGAUUUUGCGCUGCAUGCUCUCUCAAUACUGGAAAUUCGAUUGUCGCAGACAUCUAUCCUAGUAGCCUUCACGCCUUGAGUCACUCAAUCACCAUUUUCGUUCUGUCCGCACUCACAGGACCAUGUUUUGGUUCACUUGUUGGAUUCUUUGUUGCUGCGCAUUCGCGUAGGCAGUUAUGGGUUCUACGUGUUCAUCUCUUCUUCGCAAUCGCUUUGAUACCUGUCGUGUUAAUGCUACCUGAAACAUACCCUCCAGCAAUCCUGGCUAGUAGGGCGAAGAAAUUGCGUAAAAGGGGGAAAGGUAAUGCUCGUGCUGCCCAUGAAUUGCAUGGAAAGACGAUCCUGCAAGUUGUACAAGGCCACAUCUUACGACCUCUAGCGAUGAUCGUCAGAGAACCGAUUGUUCAGGGUGCUGCUGCUUGGAUAUCUCUUGGUUACGGUAUCAUCUAUUUCUACUUUGAGGCAUACCCUGUUGUCUUCAUUGAACAGCAUGGCAUUCCAUUUCAGCUCUGCGGUCUAAUGUUCCUCGCGGUCACCCUAGGCAUGGUCCUGGCUGUGCUUCCUUAUACAUGGUUAGUCCAAACCUUCCGCCGACUGCCACUCCUAGGAAUCGAGAGGGUUGGGACCGAUCCUAAAGAGUUAAAUCUCAAAGUAGUCCUCUCCGCAUGUAUUUUGCUCCCGCUGGCAUUGUUCUGGUUUGCAUGGACGAGUGAAGAUGAAACUCACUGGAUCGCACCUGCACUCGCGGGGAUCCCAUUCGGCUAUUCGAGCAUCAUGGUUUUCUUUGCCUUCCUGUCAUAUUCGUCUCACACAUAUGGUGUGUACUCCUCGAGUGCCAAUGCUGCCAACACGUUUGUCCGUUCCAUUGUUGCUUCAGCAUUUCCUCUAUUCGGAACGCCCCUGUUAAACAACCUUGGAACGAAAUGGGGAUUGUCGCUAUUCGGAUUCUUGUCAAUUGGGCUUCUUCCCGUACCUUUGAUUUACAUCCGGUACGGUGCCGCUCUGCGGGAAAGAUCCUAUUUUGCUAGACAGGCGCGAGAAGUAGCGGCCUGCAUGCAUGAACAAGUGAAUGUGGUGAAUGUGGUUUCCGAAAAGGAUAAACAAGACAUCGAUAAUACUUCCGAUAUGCAACAGGUGUUAGCGGGAGACGGAACUCAGGUUGCCGUUGUGGAUGGUCAAUCGGGCCUAGACCAAGACAACGUGUAGUGUAUUUGAGCAUUAUGCCAAAUUUGGCGGGAGGCGGCUCUAUACCCCGGUUUCUAGAAGUGAGUAAGGACUGCGACAUUCUACCUUCGUUUGCAAGAUACUUGAGGUGAUGGCACCUGCGGGAAACAACCUACGACUCAAACAGGAGACAGCUCGGCAUUGUAUUGAAUGAAUAGCGUCUCGUACAGUUUGGAACCAACUAGCCGUGUAACCAGCCAUGUCCAAGAUACUAAGUGUGGGGAGAGCUGCUUGAAACCUGUUCGCACGACCGUGCUGCGUGUUUCG